GUUGGCCAGCCCAGUUUGUACGUCCAUGUUUCAUGAUCGUAGUCAAGCUGGUGGUAUUUAGAACCCUGGUACCUUGAUAUAUGAUGCUGUAGGGAACACCAAUUUAGCAGGUGUGUCUGCUAUAUGUCACUAUGCUACUGCAUGUUUGUGUGAUCGUUUGCUAGUCAGAUGAACAAACUAAAAGCCACCUUCACGACGACGCGCACUGUUGAGUCCAGUAAGUCAUCGCACACCUUAGAAGAGACAUGGCCCAACAGACGAACGGCAAUGAGAAGAGACUUCAGAAGUCGCAUUCCUUGAACGAGCCCAAGCUGGUGGCGCCUCCACGCCGUAAACGCUUGUCACUUCGGCAUCUAUCCGCAUAUUUCAACCAGUCGGUGACUGCUGAUACCCUGAUCGGUUCUGAGCUGACUCACAUAGAGCAGCAUGCUGUGCCAGAUAAUCUCAAGGAGGAUGUCGCACACCUUACUAAAGGCCUGCACAUGGUUAAGGUUCGAGGCGCAGGCAAACAGUACUCUCGUCAUUUUGAGCUUACACCUGAUCUCAUGGGAAUCCGCCAAUGUGACUCUAAGAAGUGGAUUAAGCGAGGAAAUUCCUAUUUUGACCUCGCCGAAAUCAAGGAGAUCCGCUCAGGAUGGAACACAGACGUGUUCCAGGCAGCGCAGAAGCGAGCCAGCUAUCAUGAGCCGCUGGAAGAAGCACACUGCUUUUCACUGGUGCUGGGAGAAAAACAUGACACGCUGGACCUGAUUGCGGACUCCGAGGAGGACCGCUCGUGCUGGCUAACAGUUCUCAACACGCUCGUCAAACGACAGAAGUACUCAGCUCUGCGUCGACGUCACUUCAAAUGGGUAAAGAAUCAUUUUCUAGCGUCGGAUGCCAACAGAGACGGUGUUCUCAACUUUGAGGAGGUCAUGAAUGUGCUCGGUCAGAUGAACAUCAACAUGGAUCGCCAUCAUGCGAAGAAUAUCUUCAAUAAAGCCGAUGUGAAGAAGCAAAAAAACAAGAAAGAAGAGGAUGCCCUAGAUCCAGAAGAAUUUGUUCGUUUCUAUACAUUGCUCCGGCAUAGACCUGAAAUUGACAAGAUCUUUCAAGAAUUUACCAAAGAUGACGAUGAUGAUUUUAUGGAUCCAGAGGAAUUACAGGAAUUUCUUAAAAAGGCACAGAAGGCCGAUGUCAGUGUUGAUGAAUGCAGAGCUAUGAUACAGAAGUAUGAACCAUUACAGGAAAACAAGGAGGUCGAUGUCCUCUCCGGGGAAGGGCUUCGUCAGCUGCUGCUUGGUGCAGAACAGGACAUCUUCAAUCUAAGGUGCAAUCAAAUCUACCAGGACAUGACCCGACCAAUAACACACUACUUCAUUGACUCGUCACAUAACACCUAUUUAAUGGAGGAUCAGUUGCGAGGACCCAGUAGUAUUGAGGCUUACAAGAGAGCACUUCAAAAAGGCUGCAGAUGUGUAGAAAUGGACCUUUGGGAUGGGAAUAAUGGUGAACCUAUAAUAUUCCAUGGACACACUCUAACAUCAAAGAUAUUGUUCAAGGAUGCACUCACAGCCUGCAUGGAGUAUGCUUUCAAGACAUCAGACUACCCAGUGAUUCUGUCCAUGGAGAACCACUGCUCUGUGGAGCAGCAGAAGAUGGUUGCCUCCCACCUAAAAGACAUUCUUGGUAGCACUCUGUGGUACAUCGACCUAGAUGACACUGUCACAGAAAUGCCUUCCCCGGAAAAGCUCAGGGGCAAGAUUGUGGUAAAGGGAAAGCGGCUACCACCCCCAUAUCCUGAUCCUAACGUUGUGGAUGAGGAUGAAGUUAGUGACGAGGACGAGGCAGCUGAGAUUGUGGAUGAGAUAAUCACAAAAGAGCUCACGAAGAAGGUAGGAAAGACAGGCAAGAAGGUAAAGUUAGCAAAGGAGUUGUCUGAUCGAGUGUUACUAAAGAGUGUGCAUUUCAGCAACUUCGAACUGGCUAAGGCAAAAUGCAAAUGUUAUGAAAUGUCAUCGUUUGUGGAGAAGAAAGCAGAGAAGCUGAUCAGCACAGAGCCCGCAUCAUAUGUUGAACACAACAAGUUGUUCCUGAGCCGUAUCUACCCAAAUGGCCUGCGCACUGAUUCCAGCAACUACAGCCCUAUUGAUAUGUGGAAUGUUGGCUGUCAGAUUGUUGCGUUGAACUAUCAGACAGCAGGGAAGCAGAUGCAGCUGUACAAGGGAAAAUUCCAGGAUAAUGGCAAAUGUGGCUACCUUCUAAAGCCAGCUGCACUGCAAGAUGCUCGGUCUACAUUUAACCCAAACAAACCGGAGACCUAUGGUUGCAAACCUAAACUUCUGACUAUCAAAAUCAUAAGUGGACAGCGCCUACCGAAGCCUGGUGGAUCAAUGAAGGGGGAAGUGAUUGAUCCCUAUGUGGUGGUUUCUGUUCAUGGAGUCCCACCUGAUAACCAGAAAGUAAAAACCAAAAUUAUUAUGGACAAUGGUUUUAAUCCUCUGUGGGACGAAACAUUCAAGCUGAAGAUUCAAAUGCCAGAGCUGGCACUGGUCAGAUUUACCGUCUACGAUUAUGACGUGCGCUCUAAGAAUGACUUUGUUGGAACAUAUACAUUGCCAUUCACGUGCAUGCAAGAAGGGUAUCGACAUAUACGUCUCCACGGUGAGGAUAUGGAGAGGCUGCAUCAUUCCUGCAUGUUUGUAGAACUGCAAGUCGAAUAAUUCUCUAGCCAGGAGACCCUGCUCAUCAGCCUGUCUUCAGCAUGGGGAAACUUUUGUGUGUGUUGUACUGCAGAGACCCUUAAGCAAAAGCAAUGCAGUAUAAGGUCUUGUGUUUGUAUUCUUACUUCGCAAUGAAGCAUGUAAAUGCAUUUCAGUUGAUGCCGAAUAAACAUAUUGACACAGCGUUAGUUGAGAAAAGUGCUGUAGGUUUGCGCAAUUACAUGGAGCAAGUUCAAUUAUAAAAGCAUAUACUUAUACCAUUUUAAAGCCAUUAACCAGAUUGCCUCCCAUAAGUUUUGUGUUGAAUGGACAGUUUCUAAUAUCAAUAUAUCUACACUUGUGAGUACGGUAUCUAUAUUUCACAUUUAUAUGUUAUUGGUAUAGGAAAAGGCAGAUAAAGAUGCAAAAAAGAUAACAUAGGCUAUUUUUCUUUAUAUGUGGGGCAUAAAUUCCUCUUUUAUUUCUAAUUUGUCAUUUUAUUUUUACAAAGUUAGAUUUUAAUUAUUGACAUACUGAUACUAUAAAUGUACAGCCAGCUAUAGGCUGCUGAUCGUUUUUACUGUUUAUUUUAUGCAAUCAGGAUAUGGAUAAUGUUCGCUUUAUCUAUCAAGGAUUGAGCCUCAAUUGGGAUUUCUCAAUUUGGGGAUCUAAACAUAAUAUAUAGUGGGCAUCAGUUACCAUGCCAGAACAGUGAUAUGUGCUGUUUAAGCCUUUUAAGUGUUCAUAUUUCAAAUUCUACCAUAAACUAUGACAAUAAUGCCUCAUUUCGUUUAAGGUAAUGCUGUAGUCCAGUUUUAAUAUGAAAAAUUCUUAUGAUGCUAGUCUCAUUUCUAAUUGGUUAGUUUAGUGGUUUGUGUGUUUUGCAACCGUCUUAAGGAAGAAUCGUUUUUAUGGCCUUCGUGUCUAUUUGGCCUUCAGGUCGUAUAGCGUCAUGUUAGCGAUAGACAUACGACGUAAGACAGAUCAUUUAGGUUGCCAUUGAACUAGAAUUCUAUCUCCACAACUUACGAAUCUGUGUGAAAAUUGUGCAUUUUUAUUUGCUUUUUGUAGUUGUUAGAAUAAAUAUCACAGUAACCAACAUGAAACCAGGCAUAAGCAUUCAUGAACUGGUUGUGGAAUUUGAAUAAUGUAGGAUUUCAGUGCCAGGUCAUCCACAAAAUAUUAAGGAAAGGCAUUGUUUAACUAUGUAAGUUUUUUUAUGGUUAAUAUGCAUCUUUGUUAGAAACGUAUAUGCUCUAUUAUUAUGGGGAAAAAAACAUUCUAUCAAUAAUGGGAAUUUGACAAUGCAUGUCAAAUUUAGAUUUUUAUGUGUAAAAUGUUGAUUUCUGUUCGAUUUACCUUUAUAAUUAUAGAUGCGCGUGUGCCCAUCGCUGAUCAUGGUAAUGUUGCUCCGAUGAUUCACACACCCAGUGUUUGCUUUUAAUU